UCUUCAUUCGAAAACGUAACUUUUCCUUUACUGAAAGCGUGAUUGCGCAGUGAGGAGUACCGUGGCAAACUAUACCAGCUGCCCGACUACCAAUGCAGCAAAUCUGUGUCAGUCAGGCCGGGCUGCAAAGCAGGCGCUAAACAUUCAGUGUUCGUCGGUGUUCCAACCGGGCCUGGUGGGUAGGUAGUCGCGUUGCGUCGCGGCGCGCGCGGUUCGCAGUGUCGCAGUACCGCGCGCAUCCCUGCACUCUUACCCUACUUUUGUUAACCGUUCAUUUACUCGUCGUACGGGCCUAUCUUUGGCCUAAUACCGAUUAGUUGUCGCUAACAUCGGGGACCAAAUUCGGUAAAAAGAAACACGCGCGUAUCCAUCCGUUGCGUCCUGCAUCGCAUCUCGCAAAUCCUGCCAUCCGUGCGCGUUUAGGCUUCGUUUUUCGUACAAUCGUCCACCUAACGGGGUAAACUAAACAGUAGUAACGAUGACAACGAUUUACAACCAUCGAAGAAAUCGUGGCAAACCAUCUGUUGUUUAUAAGUAAUCGUUUGAAUGCUGACAACACGCGAACCGAUCAUUUGAUCAACGUAUAAAAAAACAAUAUAAUGAGUUCCACGAACAAGAAACAAGGGGAAUGAAAAAAGAAGAGAAACGGAAAGGUGAACUCUUGUAGAGGUGUUAGAAUCGAAGAAGCUUGGUACCCGUCACAGAAUUGUUGAGAAGGAAGUCAAAACUCGCGAUACUGUAAUGGUAUUGGGACUCACAGACUCAUAAGUGAAUAUUUUCUCGGGGGCGGGAGAAUCUUUUGGUUGAAGAGUACUUAUGCGGUUCGAUGUGACGGACUCUUUGAAGCGUCGCAAACGAAAGCAUAAGAAACUAUUUGAUACACGGAGGAGAGAACGCGGUGGCAAACGAUUCGAAACGGCGCGCAAGAUAAAAAAACUCGCCCGAAAUGUUCAACCUCUAUCAGAACUUGAACAAGAGGGACGACGAUCACAAGGAACCGGUCGUCACAGGCCAUGACAGAUUCUGGCAGGAGCGUCCGAAAACACGGCGGAAACGUCGUGCCGUUAAUAGAAGGACUCAGAGUGCCAUCGAGCUAGACUCCGAAGCUAUCGUAUCCGCACGGGGAACUCUCCGCCGUGGAAGAAGCGCUAGCAUAGAAGACGAUGACAGCGACGAGGAAAAGGGCUACCAAUUGACCAAUAAAAUCGACAAUCUAGCCAAGAUAUUAUUUAGUCGCGUGUCCGCUGCACGAGGUUGCAAGGAGUCUGAUGUCAGAAAUGGAAGACACAGCUACACGGCACUGGGUCACGGACCGUCCGUUUGCGAGGAUGUUGGCGAGUACAUGGAAAUGGAGAGAAGGUCCCGGGAUCGUGCCUUAUCAAUCUGUCAGGUUUAUAUCCGAGGGACGCCUCGCUACAGUCUCAUCAAGCAGCUGAAUAAUCUCGGAUCGAGAAUGGACAAACAUUGGUUUGCUGUGAGGGACACGUCUCUAAAAACCGAUCGGCUGCUCACGUUGGCUCCGUUGAGUCGGAACUGCUCGUUGAGCAUUUCUCCUCUGACCAAGAAUAUCUUGAACGACUUGUUCUUAGCCUUGCAACAUCCGUACAUUUGUCCCGUGUUCGAUAUCGAUUUCCUCGAAUACGAGAAUCAGAAGUACGUGAUCUUGGUCCAGCCCAUCAGUCAAGGUAGUCUGAAAGAUCUGAUAUACGGGAUCGAAAGAACCGGUUGGAAUGAGGAUUGGGGCCAAAAAUACGCUUCCCGCGGAAAGGGGCUACCCUUGCCCCAAGUGCAACAAAUGGGACGUCAAGUGUUGGAAGCGUUGAUUUUUUUAAAAGAAAGAGGAUUUCCAACCGUGACCCAUUUACACUCGGGAAACGUGCUCGUCCAAAACGGUGUCGCGCGGCUCGCCGGCCUCGAGAACACGCUUCUCGGCUUCACCAGUCGAAUACAUCCAGUAAUUGCUUCUCGAAUGUCGCAAACGACCACCUCCAUUGAUACGAUAUGCUUCGGUCAUAUGCUAUUUGAAAUGUGCGCUGGCUACGAAUUACGAUCGUUUAAACCGAAUUCCGUGCAUUUCUCGGAUCUUGAAAUGUAUCCACAAGUUGUCGAGUUACUGAAAUUCAUAUUCGUCGAACCAACUAGUCGUCACAAAAACAUUGAAGAGCUUCUCGUUCAUGAUUUGUUCAGAAAUAUCGAUCUUCGUGAAAUGCGAAGCGCCACCGUCACGAUAUUCCGACCAACCUUGACACCGCCAAUCGUCAACUUACUCGACGGGAUUAAACGGCAAAACGUGAAUAAGAGGCAGAGGUCACGCUCUAUAAGCGACGUGUAUUUAACACGCAGAUUGUGGUAAUGACACCAAAGAUCCGUGAUUAAUCAACGUAAGCUUCGAAGGUAUACGCUUAUUAGAACUUAAACCCACUCUUUCUCAUUUUACAGAAUCUCAAGUUUGGAUGAUACAAUCGACAUAGAUGCAAUGUCUCUCCACAGGCCGGACACGGUUUGCGAAAAUUCGUUACUCGACGAAAUAUACAACGAGCUUUCGAACACUGCUGUAUAAUUGUGGGAACAAUGUUUAUUCGGUACCCAAUCCAAUUCUUGGACGUUCAUUUGACCGAGGAUCAUGUAUUCGUACGUUUCUUUACCAAGUGCCAAAAAGAUAGUUUCAAACGUUCAAUCCUAACGGCGAUGCAACGAUAAUACAUUUAAUAGAAAAGUAAGACGAAGACGAAAAACAAGGAAAAACGAAUAAAGAAAAGUUGUACAUGUA